AUGGAGCUUGCUACCUGCCCCCGUCAGCUCGUGUCCGUCCCGGGAGGGCUUCAUGCACCGCAUUUCAACAAGGGGCCUGAGGUGCAGGUGGCUGUGCAUAAAUUCCUUCGAGCUCACCUGCAGUGUCGUUCGUGCGCCCCUGCUGAUUCUCAGGAUGACCAAGUUGGUGAGGAUGACGAAGACAAUGAAUAUGGUGACGAAUAUGAGGGUCAGCUUCCAGAAGAAAUAGAAGGCUCCACGUACAAAGAUUCAGCGACCCUUCCCCUGGCACUCCAACGCUUGAAGCUUGAACGCCCUGCGUUUGAGCGCUUUCCAUUGCCCAGCAAGUGCCAUGAAACCUUAGUGUUGCUGAUUUACUUGGUGACUUUGUUGGCCAUUGCAUCGAGCCCAACCAUCAUGGCAGCACAUAGUCCAACAGCAGGCGGAUGGACUCUGGUAGGCUUGGGCUUGGGAUUGCAAGCGGCGAUGCUGUUCAUUUGUAUGAACUACCUCCGGGCCAUUUUGAAGACGAGGCGGGCUCGUCGCCAGCCGAAGCUCCCAUUGACGACGGUGUCGUUUGCAAUCCUCGUUCCCAUGUACAACGAGGAAGUGGAAGUCCUUCGGCCAGGCUUGGUGAGCAUCAAUGAGCAACCUCAGGCUCCAAACGUUACGGUGAUCGUUGGCUUAGAAGCCCGUGCUGGCCAAGAGAGCAAUGCAGAGAGGGAACGCGCCGUCCGAGAGAUUUUGUCGAGAGUGAAGGCCGUCCAUGUCUUCACCCAUCCUGAGAAGGUUCCCGGUCACAUCAAAGGCUGUGGCAGCAACCAAUCCUGGGCCAUGAACCAGUUCUUGGAGCAUGUGGAAGAAGACGUCCCGGGCCAAUUUUGGCUCAAGUAUUGGGCCUUGGAUCUCACCGCUGAUGUGGUAUGCCGCGAGAGAGCAGUAGCUAUGCAGUCUGGGGUGGAUGAGAGACAGUUCAUCGACAUAGACCCUUGGAUGGAGGCAGUAAGUGAAGCUGCUUCAUCGGUUGUCCCAGGAGAUACAGUUCGACCUGAACAUAUGGGGCGAUCGAGUGGAAGCGUGAAGGAGCGCGUGCUCAAAAUGAGCUCCUUGCUGGACCAGCAGGACGAGUCAGAGUUGUUGCCACCAGCUGCAAGCGAGGUGGACAAGUGGUAUCAGAACUACAUCAUGGUGAUGGGCUUCGAACCAGACGAGGCUGAAGAACCUACUUCGGCGCAACUGGCAGCUCUGCACAAGCGGGUCUACAGUCUACAGUUGAGAACAGGGCCCCAUAUGCAGACUUUUCAGUUUGGACCCCUUCUGAGAGGAGAUGGGCAGGGUGCAGAAGUGCAGAACAUUCACCCCACUUGGGGAUGGCUCCUACUUGCAGAAGGAUUUGCCGGGCCCUGGGAGUCACAGUGCAUGGAGGGCAUCAUGGUGACAAUAGAGUCGGCUCAGAACAGGCAGGUGCCGAGAGAUUGGGACCCUAUACGUCUGUGGUCCUGCAUUUUCAUACAGUUGGCCCAGGACAUGGAAUAUUGGGCUGACAGAGUUCACCACCUGGCUGCAGCUUGGACAGCAUCAGGAGGCCGAGGAGCACCAACAGUGGCUACGGAGGCAGCAGUCCUAGAGGUGAUCCAAGGUGGACAGAGAGCCUUAAACACAGAGGCCGAGGCAACUUCGAGUCAAGGAGAUUCGAGACGAACGCAAGCCAACCGUGACAGGCAUCAAGCCAAGAAACGGAGGAUGCGGCUGACAGGGAAGAACUUGCGAGGCACAGGUCAUCGGCAACAAGCGGUGCGAAAGGAGGCCCAUCCCCCAAGGGGAAAGGAAAAGGAAAGUCAAAGGACCAAUCAGGUCUUGAGAUUUGUUACAGCUGGGCCUCAGGUCGUGGAAGCUGUGCCGACGUGCCACCAGGUGGAGAAUGCCGUGGAAGCGUCAAACGUAUCCACAAAUGCCGCCUUUGUCUUUCACCAUCCCACAAGGAUGCCGAUUGCAAAUCUGGCUGACUCCAAGGACGAGAAAGCGAAAAGAAUUGGAGGGGACGAGCAACCAGUUGCCAAGACUGUGAAGGCAGUUCCCGCACUGAGCAAUGUGGAGGCAGAGAUCGAAGAGCCAGACACAGGCUGGAAGUCUAUGUCGAGUCACUGGACCGAAAGAAAGAUGUACUUGAACUUGGCAAGUCAUGCAACGUAUGAUGAGAUUGACAAGUCGGUCGAAGAAGGUGACUGGGAUGGGUUUCAUAGCGGCUUCCCAUGUGGAUCUUUCAGCAGGGUGAGAUGGAGGGACUCGCCGGGUGGAGCACAUCCUGUGCGAAGCAUGGCACACAUCUAUGGACUCCCUGGCAACACCCCCAUGCAACAGAAAGAGGCCGACGAGGGCACCUUAAUGGCAGUGCGUUCAGCGUGGCUCCACAAGAAGCAGAUCGAGACGUGCAAGCGCAGGGCCAUUCGAGACGUUAGAAAACCCUCCAGGGGCAGAGAACACGGGGUCAGCCUGGGACGUCCCAGAAAUGAAAGCGGGAAGGAGACAAAGUCGUCCUCGGCGGAGUUCAAUACCUGCCCCUUCCAGAGCAAGUUGAAGAAGCGCUGGAUAGCGCUGGUACAAGCCCGCCAGGUGGGUCGGAAAACUGGAGUCUUUGAACUCGUUGUCAAAGGUCUGCAAGUGCCCGGCCUGGGUGGAACAAGAAAUAGCUCGGAAGGUGGUCAACACUUGGAAGAGGGUCCUGAACUUAGAGUGGCUGAGGUGGCAGAUUCAUUGGUCAGUGAACUCCAAGCCAAGUGGCUUAAGAACGAAGAAAAGAAGAGAAAUAGGGAGUACGACGACGCGGAACCAGUUGCCACCAACCCACUGUCAACCGAGAAAAGGUUCGACAAGGUGACGUCAAAGGCGGUGGAGGCCAAGCCCAAGGAGACGGAAGAGCUCCCAUCUUCUUCAGCUGGACCUUCGAAAUGUCAGAGGAAGGAAGAACAGAAUGACUUCUCUAUAGGGGGAAUGAGAAACCCAGCUACGGCGGUGGCUCGAUUGCACCAGGUGAAGAAAGUUGGGGAGCAGAUAAGUGCGGCAUGGCUGGACUUUGUGAAGGACUUCCCAAAAGCACUGGAAGCUGCAAUCCAUUACGGGUCCAACGAGGCAAAGAUCGACAAGACGGUCAUGGAAGCCUGGCGUGACAGGCUAGAGAGCCUCCUUGGGGUAGAACCACAAGAUGGGGUUACACUCAAGGAAGCUGUGGAGUUCUCAUCGCCCUUGUAUGCCCCGCUAUGGGACGCCUGGUUCCAGGGACCCAGAACAGUUCUUGGGGCAGUGGGCGGAUUGAAAAACUAUGAGUCAGUGGAAUCUCAAAAGGAGGAAGCGGUGUUAGAGGUGGACCGCUACGUUGACAAAGGUUUCUGCAGGGUCAUGACCCUGGAGGAGGUGAGAAAGCGGUUCCCGGAAGGGACAGCAUCGCGCUUGGCUCUGAUCUUGAAGCAGAAGCCAGACGGAUCCACGAAGAGGGAGAAAGAACUUCGAGACCAAGGAGAACCCAGGUCCGUGCUGAAGGGCUCGAGGUCAUACGAGGAUGCGGAGGUAGAGUUCGUCCUGGUGGACCUUCAGGACGCAUUCUGCCGCUUUGGCGUCCAUGCACAGGUCUACAUUGACGAUGUAGCCCUCAUGAUCAGAGGGAGCAAGGAGUUGCGCAACCUGCAGCUGGCGAAAUUCUUGUACGUCCUGGCAGCUUUCGGCGUACAGAUCUCCAUGAACAAGGGAGUCAUCCUGGGGACGCCGCGGAAGUUGGUCUUAGAGAUCCAGGAGACGCUGGCGGCAUGGACCGGAAAAGGGAUGAUAGCGACGAGGGAGCUGAGGUCCUUCUUGGGCAAACUGGCAUGGGUGUCGGGCAUCAUACCACGGCUGAAGUGGAUGGUAUCCGCAUUGUAUGCAGUCCUCACCAAAGCCUUCAAGGAGGAAGCUUCUGAAGAAGACAGAGCCCGCAAACGCCCGCAUGACCAGCGACCCAAGCUCGGGGUAGUGGCGGUCAAAAGGCUGGGCACCACGCUACCCUGGCUCAAGACCAUGUUCGACAAUCCGGAUGAUCUUCUCAUCCGCCAAGAAAGCCUGAAUGAAGUGGAGCCGAACUGGGGCAUUGUCACAGACGCCUCACCUCGUGGAAUUGGAGGUAUGUUGAUCCACAAUGUCAACGAAGAAUGGCACAUUGUAGAGGAAUUCGAAGCCCCCGUUCAGGCACACCAGGCCACGGCGUUGGAGAUACAGUUCAUGGAGGCAUCUGGACAAGCGGUGCUCGAGGGACUUGCAGUCUUGAGGGCACUGCAAUUGUGGGCCACAAAGCUCCAACGCGCUGCAGUGGUCAUUCGUUCAGACAGCACAGUGGCCCUGGCAAUGUCGAAGAAGCUGGCGUCUCCUACAAAGACGCUGAACUAUCUGGCAGCUGAGAUAGCGUUGCUCCUGGAGAAAGCUCGGAUAGUUCGCCUGGUACCACAACACAUUGCUGGCACCCUCAACAAGGAAGCAGAUUGGCUUUCGAGAUUGGGCGACCGUGGCGAAAUGCCGAGGGCACUUCAACAGGGCAAGCUCCCCAGUGGAACACGCACUCCUGGACAACCAGCCGCACCACAACCCCGGCGCAUGGCUACUUUUCCUGCUGGUUUUCCUGGCAGGAAUGUCAUGUCAGUCAUGUUUGCCGCGGCUAUGCCAAAUCAGCAGCAGGUGGGGCGGCCGAAUUCUGAGGCUAGGCAGUGCAUGUUGGGACUGUUUGAGAAGGGAGAGCCGCAAACUACCCCAACAGAGGCAAAGGAGCCCGAGUGCACCACUACGAAAUGGAAUCCCAAGGCAUGGGACGCCUUUGAAUACAGAACGCGAGUCCCCACGUUGGCUCAGUAUGACAGAGAUAAGAGCACCAGAAAACAGAGGAGGGAUCAGCCCAAGACGCAGGAGGGCCUCAUCACUGUGGCCGCCAAACACAUCAGGGCUGAGAACCAACGCAACAACGAGAACAACAAGGGGCGCACGGCAGAGGCAGAAGCCGAGAGCCGAGGGAGAGACGCAGGAGACCUCAUCACAACUCUGGCUGCAGUGCUGGACUCAACUGGAAUGAAGGCAGGUGACCAGUACUUAGCGGAGGCAAAGUUGAUGCACAUUGAGGCAGGCUUCGAAUGGAGUCAGCUGCUUGAAACACAGAUGGGAAUAUGCAAGAGAGCAAUGCAACGUGACAAAGGUCCUGCACGUGCGUAG